AUGUCUGAAACAAAUGGUGAAGGGCCAAGCAAUAGAGAACGAGUGCAAUUUGUGCCGAAACCAACCGGAAAACCGUAUUGGAGAUUGAGAUUAUACAAUGCGAUUGUACAUGCUUCAUUAGCAAAGACGAUGACCGCUUUCACGGUUAUUUGGGUCAGUGGAUGGAAUUUGUCAAUGUGGUAUGCUUAUGGUUUUGAUCGACCUUGGAACAACUUCAUGUGGCGAAUAUACAAAAAAGAAGGGAAAUUAUCCGAUGAGAUGAUAAGGAAAGAAAAUGCAUCUGUCGCAUAUUUGCACUCAAAAUUCAUAAAGACACAAGAGGAUGCUUUGUGGAUGAUUAAAGGAGAUCCGAAG